UUCGCGCAAUCAACGUUAUUGUUAGUAAAGUCUAUGGGGAACGAACGUGAUUGUUUCAUGACACAGUAAUGACAAAAAACUACACUAAAUAUCAUCAUUAAUUUUAUUUUGUUCCAAUAACCUGGUGCUUUAUUUGGAUUCGCAAUAUAUACACGUAUCGAUACACAGUAUUUAAAAGCACUUAUAAAUACAAACUGUAUCUUUGUGUCGAUAGAAAAGUAUAUUACUAACCAACUAUGCUCGUAUAUUAUAUCGGGACAUUUCUCCUCGGUCUGUGUGGCACAGCUAUAUCCGCCUACCCAGCGAUGGAUUGGCCUGACCCGUCGGGCGAUCCCUACUUGGGAGUAGAGGACUACACAGACGGAUUGUCGCCCUACGCACCGUACAUUCCCGACGCGAGACCCUACUCCAACGACCUCUAUCUUCCCAGCUACACAAAGAGAGCGCAAUGGGCCCAGCAUACCGGCGGUAAACGGGCGACGUUGAAUCAACUGUUACGGCGUCUCGUCGCUCUAUACGGUGACCGCGACAUCCACUAUUCCGGACGUUCUUCCCACGUGCGCUUCGGUGCCGGUGGCCGUCGGUGAUCUAUUGGCUGGUGUCUUCAAAAAAGAGGAAAUCAGGAUUUAUCAACAUAUCUAUAGGACAUUUUUAUUGGAACAACACAAAAUAAGCCGACUUUUUAUUUAACUCUUAUGUUAUUAUAUUUUCAAUCAGCGUCAAAACGCUACUAAUGCUUACAUUUCCGAAAUGUGUUAUUCUCCAUAAAUAAAAUAAAUAAAUG